AGGAAAAUCAACGAACAAAAAAGUUGGAAUAUUUGACUCGCGCACCCGCGUUUCACUGCCCCUCCCUUCUCUCCCCCUUGUUCAUAUUGCUCUCUCUCUCUCUCUUCGGUUCUUCUCUCCAAGUCUCGUCGCUCUCUUUCGUCCCACCGGGCGCGUCAUAUCCACCACCAAUAAGUCCCGUUUUCUCUACGGAGGACCGUCUCCUCAAGUCUCGGAUGGGAAUACACCAGUGACCAAACAUCCCAUCCUCCCUCCUAUACCUUUUCUUUUUCCUCUGUCUCUUGAGCCGACAGCGACGGUUAAGCCUCAAACCCUUGAAAGCACCGUCGAUCUCAACAGACUCUAGACAAAUCGGUACCCAGCCACAGAGCACCACUUCUCUGACCGUACAUCAAACUGCAUACGGAUAUUCUCCGAUCUCUCUGCGGAUCCGGAUCCUCUUUUCUCUCACUCAACACCGCGUCGCGCACCCAAUUGCGCCGACUGCUGUCCGCCUCACCGAGUCCAUCAUAAAAUCCACCGGCCAUCACCCUCACCAUUCCACACCCCCAAAAGCAAGAGAAGGGGCCAUACGGAGUACUACCAUCAUCCCCCCGUCGCGCGUCAGUGCCCAAAGGCUCCAAGCUCAAGGUUCAACUGGACACCAGUCCCACGGCGCGACGCAAGGUCCCCCCCUAAAAAACCAUACUACCUACAUUGAAAGAACCAAAGGGAGAGCGCCACAACCCGAUGCUCAUUUUAGAAUCGGUAUUCAAUAGCACCAGUUUCGCACGACAACUGCGCAACUUCUUCGACUCCUCCCCCGCCAAUAUGCAUCUCCCCAGCAGCGCCCCGACAGCCUCGUCAAUGUCCUCGCCCGAGCCCAUUCACGCGACGCCCCCGACUUCGAGUCCUAUUCCUGCCAUGCCCUCCCCCGCCAAACGCAAAAGAAGACUUCGUGUCUUCAGGCCAGACGAAGGGUCCCUCUACGACCAGAUGUGGGAUCAUGCUGGACUCUCCCUCUUCGUUCGUCCCAUCUGCUGGACUGAGCUGCACGUUCAACUCCUCGAUGCCAAGUUCGUCGAGCUUCCUCCAUGCGACACGCCAGUCCCUCCUCCUUCACCACGCGGCGCCCCCGUCUCCCCGUCGAAAUGUCACAUGAAGCCCUCAGUUGCGGCCUCAACACUUAGCAGAGAACUUACGGCCAUGCUCGCGCCCGGCUCCACGAGAACCUUUUAUACAAAUUCCGUCCGCACAAUCAUGUCCACCCUCUAUCCGGGGAAGCUGUCACGCGCCCGAACACAGCUUGAUUUGCACCUCUAUUUUGGCGGUCUAGUGUAUCGCGAUGCCUGUCGCGUACAGGUUGCUUGGGAUGCGAUGCCCUCGCGCAGCGGCUCGAUCGCCUCGUUUGAAUCCGCGUCAACGCGCCCAGCCGAUUCCUUUACUGCUGUGCCGACGGGUUCUAAUGGUAGCGCAAGCAACCUGAGCGGCGAACAGACUGCUUACGCUCAGUCGCAGCCUGUCCUCGCUUACGUUGGCAAGAUGCAGAUCGCGGCGACACGAAAGAACAUGUACCGCGUGAUUCAAGGACCUAACAGAUCGUACAACGGGCCGGUCGAACGUCUACAACAGUUGCGCUCCAAAAUGUUCGUUCCCAGCAACCCGACGCACGACCCGUUGCUUGUGGGCAUCAUGUUGGCCAUGGCGCAGAGAAGGUUUUACGGCGAACCAAGGCCGUCAGCGAAUAAGUGGGUUCCCUCACGGCCCAUGGCUAUCGGACUAGGAGAGCCUGAAUUUUACGAUGUGGCGGUACAGCUACUCACAAAUGACAAUGAGACAUCCGAGUUCAUCGUUUACAAGGCCACGGUCACGGCAGAUCUACUUCGCAAGUUCCACGAGCCAACCAAGAAUCCCCGUAAAGGCGCCGAAAAGACACUUGCCGAGAGAAUCGGUGAGGUUGCAUCCGAGGGUGGCAUGCGCAUCGAGUACACAAGAGUGCCUGUCUGGCCGAUCCUCGGACUCAAGGAAAGAUUGGGCAAGGCGCUUGGCAAGGACGUCGUGGGAGAGUUCGAUGAGGACAACAUUGAGACAUGGGAGGAGGAAGCGGAGCGAAAUCCCGACAAGCUCAAGCGACGAAGAGAUCGCGAGGCCCUAGUCGAAGUGUUUAACGGCAGCUUCGAAGAAGAGGCUCCAGCCGACGGUAUGCCUCUCAGUGGGAAACGAAGAUGUUUAGUUGACGAGGAAAGCGGGCAGGUGGGCAUGGUCGUCUGAUGGAAGUUCACUGCCCUUGAUCAUUGCAUAACGAAGCCACGAGGCGUUUUUAAGAGAAGCAUUCAUCGCAUUUCUCCGAGGUCGCUACGGAUGCGGCCGCGGUAUGGGAACCAGGGAUUUACUUCUGUUCAUCGAGUAAAUGGAGUUGUGGGAUCAGCGGAGAGAAUCAUGACUGAUUCUCGACCCGGAUAGACGAGACGCAUUUUGAACCCGGCAACGGUCAGAAGCACAAGAGUGUUUGAUAUUUUUUCCCCCUCCGAGAGAUCCAAGUAAGAAGGGACACGUUUGCGAUUUUUCCCGAACGGCUGCAUGGGUUGUUGAGGCAUUCAGAUGGAAGACUUACGUUAGAUUCCCCGACACAAGCGAA